AUGGAUGUCACCCGCCUUCUCCUGACCACUCUGCUGGUCUGCCUGUGCUUCCUCACUGCUCACAGCCACCUGGCGCUCGAGGAGAAACCCAGUGAUGACAAGAGCUUGAAGAGCAACUGCUCUAUGAACCUGCUGGGUUUUCCUUCUGUCUCCAUCGUGGCACUGAACAAGAAAUCCAAAAGGAUCAGCAGAAAAGAGGCUGAAAACAUGAACAGAUCCUCCAAGAAAAAGGCUUCGGUGAAGAAGGCGGCCCGGCCUCGACCCCCGCCGCCCGCUGGCUGCGUGGCCACCCGCGACAGCUGCAAGCCGUCGGCGCCCACCUGCUGCGACCCAUGUGCCUUCUGCCAGUGCCGCUUCUUCCGCAGCACCUGCUCCUGCCGCGUGCUCAACCGCAACUGCUGA